GCUCGGUCCUUCGAAUCCCCCGCCGCCUCUCUCUCGACGCAUUUGCGCGCUCGAAUCGAAUCCCCCGAAACCCUAGCGCGCCACCGCCUCCCCAAUGGCGAAGCCGGUGAAGUACGACGAGGAGGAGGAGAUCUCGUCAUCCGCUGAGGAGGAGGAGGAGUCGGACGGCGCCGCGUCCGGAUCUGGCGACGAGGAGGAGGAGGACGACGAGGAGGCCCCGGCGGCGGCCGGCGGCGCGGCGGGUGGGGAGGAGGAGGAGGAGGUGGACGAGGAGGAGAUCGAGGCCGUCACCACCGGUGCCGGCGCCGAGGAGGAAGAGGAGGACGGCGGUGCCGCCGGCGCCGCCGGGGAGGGCGAGGAGGAGUCGCAGUCCACCGAGGACGAUGAGGCCGUCGGCGGGGAGAACGACGACGGGGAUGAGACUGAAGAUCAUGCGGGAAGUGCAGUGGUAGGGAAGCGCGAGAAAGCCAGGCUCAAGGAGCUACAAAAAUUAAAGAAGCAGAAAAUACAAGCAAUAUUAGAUACACAGAAUGCUGCAGUUGAUGCUGACAUGAACAAUAAAGGCAAAGGACGGUUGAAGUACUUACUGCAGCAGACUGAAAUAUUUGCACAUUUUGCCAAAGGGAACGAAUCAAAAGAGAAGAAACCACGGGGAAGGGGACGUCAUGCAUCAAAGAUGACAGAAGAGGAGGAAGACGAAGAAUACCUCAAAGAAGAGGAAGAUGCUCUUGCUGGUUCAGGGGGAACACGCUUGCUUUCACAACCAUCAUGCAUAAAGGGGAAGAUGCGGGACUACCAACUAGCUGGGCUUAAUUGGCUCAUACGGUUGUAUGAGAAUGGAAUUAAUGGCAUAUUGGCUGAUGAAAUGGGUCUCGGGAAAACUCUUCAAACUAUUUCUCUGCUGGGCUAUCUGCAUGAAUUCAGGGGAAUAACUGGUCCACACAUGGUUGUUGCACCAAAAUCUACUCUUGGCAACUGGAUAAAGGAAAUCCAACGUUUUUGUCCUAUUCUACGUGCUGUGAAGUUCUUAGGAAAUCCAGAAGAGAGGAACCAUAUAAGGGAGAACCUGUUGCAGCCAGGAAAAUUUGAUAUUUGUGUGACUAGUUUUGAAAUGGCAAUCAAAGAAAAAACUACACUGAAGCGUUUCAGCUGGCGUUACAUUAUUAUUGAUGAAGCACAUCGCAUCAAAAAUGAGAACUCUCUUCUGUCUAAGACAAUGAGGAUUUAUAAUACAAAUUAUCGUCUCCUUAUCACGGGCACUCCACUGCAGAAUAAUCUCCAUGAGCUUUGGUCUCUGCUCAAUUUCUUGUUGCCCGAAAUAUUUAGCUCUGCUGAGACAUUUGAUGAAUGGUUUCAAAUUUCUGGUGAAAAUGAUCAACAGGAAGUUGUUCAGCAGCUUCAUAAGGUUCUUCGCCCAUUUCUUCUUCGGAGGCUUAAAUCUGAUGUUGAAAAGGGUUUGCCCCCCAAAAAGGAAACCAUACUUAAGGUUGGCAUGUCUCAGAUGCAAAAACAGUACUAUCGUGCUCUGCUUCAGAAAGAUUUGGAGGUUAUUAAUGCUGGUGGUGAACGGAAAAGAUUGCUUAACAUAGCCAUGCAGUUGCGCAAGUGCUGCAACCAUCCAUAUUUAUUUCAAGGUGCAGAACCUGGUCCUCCUUACACUACUGGUGAUCAUUUAAUUGAGAGUGCAGGAAAAAUGGUUCUGUUAGAUAAGUUGCUGCCCAAACUUAAGGAGCGUGAUUCUAGAGUCCUCAUUUUCUCACAGAUGACCAGGCUUUUGGAUAUCUUGGAAGAUUAUCUUAUGUACAGAGGUUAUCAAUAUUGUCGGAUAGAUGGAAAUACCGGUGGAGAGGAUCGUGAUGCAUCCAUUGAAGCUUUCAACAAACCAGGCAGUGAAAAGUUUGUUUUCUUGCUUUCAACGAGGGCUGGUGGCCUUGGUAUCAACCUUGCUACUGCUGAUGUGGUGGUUCUUUAUGACAGUGAUUGGAACCCACAAGCUGACCUGCAAGCUCAGGACCGUGCACAUAGGAUAGGUCAGAAGAAAGAAGUUCAAGUUUUCCGUUUCUGCACCGAGUAUACCAUUGAGGAGAAAGUGAUUGAGAGGGCAUACAAGAAGCUUGCGUUGGAUGCUUUGGUCAUUCAACAAGGCCGACUGGCAGAGCAGAAGACUGUCAAUAAGGAUGACCUGUUGCAGAUGGUAAGAUUUGGUGCUGAAAUGGUGUUCAGUUCCAAGGACAGCACAAUUACAGACGAGGAUAUUGAUCGUAUUAUAGCUAAAGGAGAAGAGACAACAGCGGAGCUUGAUGCAAAAAUGAAAAAGUUCACAGAGGAUGCCAUUAAAUUUAAAAUGGAUGACACUGCUGAAUUGUAUGAUUUUGAUGAUGAUAAGGAGGAAAACAAGCUUGAUUUUAAGAAAUUGGUCAGUGAUAACUGGAUAGAACCACCUAGAAGAGAAAGGAAGAGGAACUACUCUGAAUCUGAAUACUUUAAGCAAGCACUUCGCCAAGGUGCACCAGCAAAACCUAGGGAACCACGAAUUCCAAGAAUGCCACACCUGCAUGAUUUCCAGUUCUUCAACAAUCAAAGGCUUAAUGAAUUGUAUGAAAAGGAAGUCCGGUACCUUAUGCAAGCAAACCAGAAAAAAGAUACCAUUGAUGGUGAAGAUGAAGAUCAGCUGGAGCCUUUGACUGCAGAGGAGCAGGAAGAGAAGGAACAGUUGUUAGAAGAGGGUUUUGCAUCAUGGACGAGGAGAGACUUCAACACAUUUAUUCGUGCAUGUGAGAAGUAUGGUCGCAAUGAUAUUAAGAGUAUUGCCUCUGAAAUGGAGGGGAAGACAGAGGAGGAAGUUCAACGAUAUGCUAAAGUUUUCAAGGAGAGAUACAAGGAACUGACUGAUUUUGAUAGAAUCAUCAAGAAUAUUGAAAGGGGAGAGGCAAGAAUAUCACGGAAGGAUGAAAUUAUGAGAGCCAUUGGGAAGAAAUUAGACCGCUAUAAGAAUCCAUGGUUAGAAUUGAAAAUUCAGUAUGGACAGAACAAAGGGAAGUUCUAUAAUGAGGAAUGUGACCGUUUUAUGCUUUGCAUGGUGCAUAAGCUUGGUUAUGGAAACUGGGAUGAACUGAAAGCUGCCUUUCGCAUGUCGCCUUUGUUCCGAUUUGAUUGGUUUGUCAAGUCUAGAACCACGCAGGAGUUGGCCAGGAGAUGUGAUACCCUUAUCCGUCUAGUUGAGAAAGAGAAUCAGGAAUAUGAUGAGCAAGAAAGGCAGGCAAGGAAAGACAAAAGGCUUGCCAAGAACAUGACACCGACAAAGCGAUCUGCAUUAAGGGUUUCAGAAGGUGACACUACUCCAUUGAAUUCAUCAAAGAGACGACGGCAGUCCCUUAUGGACGACUAUGUGGGCUCGGGAAGGCGUAAGCGAGGUUGAUCGAACUUUGCCUGCUUCUCCGUGCCAAACUUGUCGGAAGACUGAUGUUUAAUGCAUCAAGGCGCACUCCACUCAAACUCUGAGGCCUGACUUUGAUAGUGUAGUGGUAUAUAAUAUAUGUUUUAUCCGCGGUGAUUUCAUGGCCGCCCAGGCUAGCCUAUGUAUUAGGAAUCAGAUGUACUGUCGAUUAUCGACUUUUGGAGAGGUUAUACUCUUGGAAGCCAACCUGUUUAAGUUGCUAAAGCUUUUGCCAAGCUGAGUUUGUGUACCA